AUGGACUCUUCAAAUAUACCUUUAAACGAUGAACCAUGUGUUGUGUUACCCUGGGAACCAUGUUAUGACAAUGAAAUGCAAAUGAAAGCUUCUUUUGAGGACAACUAUCUUGACCAUUUAAGCAAUUUAAAAAUUGAAUCAAAUCCAUCACAGAAUACCUUAACCACUAUAGCUUGUGGUGUCUUGCCUAACGUGACUAGAGGAUUGAUAGAAGAAUUUUGUAAAAGAGGAGCAUCUAUGGUAAUAUUUGAUUUUAACGGUUUGUCAUUUGAACAGUGUCGAAAAAUGGUUUUCGAAAUUCGCCAAGGAGUUUUUAAUUUCAGUCUUAAAAAUAACAACCAAGUACCGUAUGCAAUGACUUUAGUACUCGAUCUUGGAGGAUCUUGCAUCACAACUGGAAGAAUAUUCCAUACAACGCCCAUACAACGCUUGAUCGAAUUAUCGACGAACGCUCAUGUUUCUGUCACCAACGAUAUCGAGUACAAAUUUAAGUGUACGAAGGACCGUAUUUAUGUGAAUAGCGAUAUGAUUUUUCGGCUCAAAACUAACGAUCGGAUCUACUUGGACUACGGAAAAAUUGAACUCGCUGUGAUCAGAGUAGACGAGAAUGAAGUGUAUUGCGUGAUAAAGAGAGGAGAAUUUUUGGGUUCCGAAAAAGCAGUGCACGUGCCGAAAAUGCCGAUUGGCUCGACAGCACUUUCUAAACUAGAUGAGGAGAAAAUUCGUACAGGGAUCCAACUCAAAGUGGACGUAAUCUUGGUGCCAGGUGUCAGAAACUCAGAGUUGUUCGGUCACGUUCGCAAGUUUGUUGACUUAGAGCGAGGUGGGGAAAUUAGCCUGUACUCAAAAAUCGACAACACUGUUGGACUGGAGAACAUUGAUGAUAUCUUACCAGUCGUAGACGGAGUGUUCCUGAAUCGACCGAACUUGUCCAUGGAGGUUGGUCAUGACAAGAUAUUUCUGGCUCAGAAGAUCGUUUUAUCUAAAUGCAACGUAGCCGGAAAACCGACCAUCACGUACGGGGAAUAUCUCAGUUCUAUGGAAGUAAGUACGGUACCUACAAACGCUGAAGUAAAUGACCUCAUAAAUACAGUAAUGGAUGGAACCGAUUGCAUUUAUCUGGACGUAACGAUGCGCAGUGAAAACAAAUCGCAUUGCAUUCAGUACGCGUCUUCGCUGUGCCGUCAAGGCGAAGCCACCAUAUGGGAACAACAGUUAUUUACCGAACUCAACAAAAAGUCCAAACCAAAAAUCAAUCCUACCCAUGCGGUUAGCAUCGGAUGCGUUGAGGUAUCGUUCAAAUGUCAUGCAGCCGCAAUUAUUGUGAUUACCACUUCCGGGCUGUCAGCUCAGUUCAUUGCGAGGUACCGGCCAAGAUGUCCCGUAUUAGCGAUCAUCAGGCAUGGAAAGUCCGCUAGAAAGCUAUCAGUAUGGCGUAAUGUCAUUGCUUUGCAGUACAUUGAUCCGAUAGAACACACUUGGUAUAAAGAAAUCGAAAACCGUACAAGGUUUGCGAUGGAUUUUGGAAAGAGGAAAGGCAUGUUACAUCAGGGAGAUUUGGUUUUGCACAUGAGCUGCUCUAAACAAAACGCGGGUUUUGCUAACACCAUGAGUCUAUUCUACGUCAGUGCUGAUGACUUCGAUAACGCUUAACACUUAAAUUUAACUUGACAACAAUAAAGCAUUUAAACAAAUUUUUACCCCAUAUCAUAUGAGUUUCAAAAUUAUUCAUCAAGUAACGAUGUCAGUUCUAAUAUUUUAUCAAAGCAGGGGUGAAACUAUAGGAUUUUGAGGGAGGGGGUAUCUCGCUCCACUAAACAUACCCUAUUCGAACAUUGGGAACCUUUUAAUAUUAUAGUCGGCCAAAUCGAUGAAAAGAAAUCGAAUGAAAAACAUUAAU